UCAAGUCGAGGAGUGAGACUGGAGGCUCCGACAAAAAAAAACAUCGAAGAAGUGAUGCGGCAUCUUUUAAGAAGUUUCAUCCAGCUGCAACUAACGAAAGAGUGGACUUAGUUUUACUACAGCACUGUUUUCAUUGCGGCAAAAUGCCUCGUUAUGCGCAGUUAGUGAUGGGCCCCGCGGGCAGCGGUAAGAGUACUUACUGCUCCACUAUGGUCCAACACGUAGAAUCUCUGAACCGCACAGUUCAGGUGGUCAACCUGGACCCAGCAGCUGAGCACUUUGACUACCCUGUCAUGGCAGACAUCCGUGAGCUCAUCCAGGUGGAUGAUGUUAUGGAAGAUGCCUCUCUCAAAUUUGGUCCCAAUGGAGGCUUGGUCUUCUGUAUGGAGUACUUCGCCAACAACUUUGACUGGCUGGAGGAAACCUUGGGUCACGUAGAAGACGAUUACAUACUGUUUGACUGUCCAGGUCAGAUUGAACUUUAUACACAUCUACCUGUCAUGAAGCAGCUUGUGGAGCAGCUCCAGCAGUGGGAGUUUCGGGUGUGUGGGGUCUUUCUGGUUGACUCCCAGUUCAUGGUCGAGUCUUUUAAGUUCAUCUCAGGAGUCAUGGCUGCCCUGAGUGCCAUGGUGUCAUUGGAGAUUCCCCAAGUAAAUAUAAUGACUAAAAUGGACCUGCUCAGCCCCAAAGCCAAGAAGGAAAUUGAAAAGUAUCUGGAUCCAGAUAUGUACUCAAUGAUGGAAGAUAACUCUGAUACUAUCAGAAGCAGACAGUUCAAGAAGCUGACUAAAGCCAUUUGUGAACUGAUUGAUGACUACAGCAUGGUGAGGUUCCUUCCUUUUGACCGCACAGAUGAGGAGGGUAUCAACAUAGUACUGCAACACAUAGACUUCUCAAUACAGUAUGGAGAGGACCUGGAAGUCAAGGAACCAAAGGAACUUGAGGAAGAGCCAUCAAACCUAAAUUAUGAUGAGAUUUUUCAAGACAGUUGAAUAAUUUGACUCCAUAGAUGCUGCAAAAAUAGUGACACAGGAAAUAAAUUGGAUGCUGAUUUAAAACUAGAUUCAUCGAUUGGGAGACUGCUGGUGACUGCAUGGACACAGAGAAAGGAACUUGUGGGGGAAAAAAGACUGUAAAGAUUACAACUCUCUUUUUGUUUUGUUUUAUGAGCCACAAUGACUCAUGAAACUUGUGAUUUAAAGUAAUUCACAUUGUUUUAGAAUGCUGAAGUUCAAAUUGUUAUUAAAAAGUUUUAUAUUUUUAAAUAAAACCCUCUAGAAAAUGUU